AAUUGUGUUAUCACUGGGGGGAAAUCAACGGACGUAAGUUGUAAAACAGAAGUCAAAGCGACGCCCUUUUAAGAUUGGUUGUCACAAGAUUAACUAACAACUAACUUCGCAGAGUGUUGUCGUUUUCGGAUUUAAUGAGAUGUAUUCCGUCAUGUGGAUUUCGUUAUCUGUCUUGUUUUCCUGUGUGUUUUGUAUAAAUGGGGUGACUUUCACACUAUUCAACGUGAAACCUGUGUUAAAAGGGAAAAUUAUACACCUAACUUGUCGUGUAAAACAAGCUGAAGAUUUGCACGCCACAAUAACGUUUGUACGAAAUUCGGAUAGUGGCAAUAUCACCAUGUGCUCUUGUCAGCAGACCGGAGCAAACUGUAUGUGUGACAAUUCACGACACAGAGGCUACAGAUGUACGUGCAUGGCUAAGACGAAUACAGCGGCCAGUGUCUACAAGGAUUACGGGAUCACAAAAUACCACACCAAUGACGAGGACACGGAAUUCUGGUUCUGCGGGUCAGAAGAUCACGGGUGGAGCAAAUCAAAAGUGGCAGUUAUUUUGAAGAAUCCUGGACUCUCAGUUUACCCCCAGCCGGGUGUGAUGAUGCCGCCACUCACACUCGUAUGUACUGUAGUCGAUCAAGCUUUUCAACAUGACGUCACAUUUAAAUGUGACAGCGCGGAGAUAUGUGCAUGUAGAGCUAAAACAGGACGUUGUGUGGUGCACGAAUCUUCAGCCGAACAUUACAACUGCGCACAUACGUAUGCCAGUGUAUGGAGGCAGACAGCGACCUACGAGUUGAAGAUGAAAUUUUUUACAGCCAGCAACUCGGCACUAUGUUCAUGUUGCAGCAACUACGGUGAAAACAAUUGCAGCAAUGUAGUCGAACUUCAGCCAAACCCAACGACAGACAAAACGGUUUCGGGAAAAUCAGUUUCACCUACGAAUCCUGACACUCCUAUCUCAACAAAAAGGACAACAAUUCCCACAACACAGCAACAGAAACACGAAGAAGGUAAAUCAGCAAGCUCAACGACAGACAAAAACGUUUGGGAGAAAGCAGUUUCUCAUGUGAAUCAUUACAAUCCUGUCUCAGCACAAAGGACUUCGAUUCCCACAACACAGAAAACCAAACGCGAAGAUGACAAAUCAGGUUCAGGUUCAGCAUAUGAUUCAAAGUCAAACCAGCUUUUUAGCCUGACAUUGCCAGGUGUUGUUGGCGUUUUGGUUUACAGGUUAAACCUGUAAUGUUGGACAUAUUUUGGACGAUGAAAAACAAAUAUUGUAAGACAAUAUUCUUGAAAGUGAAUUGAAGAGAUGGGGCGAUUACUUGACAAAAGUAAUCGAUUACGAUUACGAUUACUUUAGAAUGUCACGAUUACGAUUACGAUUACAAGAUAAUUGAAAGUAAUCGAUUACGAUUGCGAAUACA